AUGAUAAGACGAGGAACGAACGUGGUUACAACUGUAAGCCCCCUCCUGAGCACGAGCAGAAAGGUCCACACGUCCGUGGGCAGGAACUCCGGGAACAAGCACGCGCCAAACCUUCAUGAUAACUUCAGCCAGCUGAACGACGACCUAAGCUUCCUAAAUGAUGACAUCAAACACAAUUUGUUCAGGUUAAAAUGUAUGGAGCAGAAAAAAAUAAAAACGGACCGCAUUGUGUAUAAGAAAAUAUUAAAGGACCUUUUGAAAAAAAAAGAAAGCUUCGUAGCCAAUGACAUGAUAGAGUUUUUGUACAUACUUAUUUUUAACGACUUGUACCACCUAGACAUAUGCUCCAAUUUUUUUUUUCAUUUUUAUCACCGGUGUGUGUACUCCGGGAGGUAUUUAGAGGGUGUGCACGUGAACAGCGUGGUCCACCUGAUCUUCGCAUUUUACGUGUUUGAAGGGUAUGGCUUCUUUGGGGCAGCAGCCAAUCGGGGGGUCCCGGAUGCAGGGUCCAACACGGAGGCGUCUACCCCACGGUACCGCGAGUACCACCGUAACGAAGCACACAUGAGCUUCCACCUGUACACCCACCUCGCACAAUAUAUUCACUCGAACAUGGAACACAUAAACAAAAGCCACCUGAUAAAGAUGUUGUUAGUCCUUUCUCAGUUCACGUCCAACUUGGGCACCAUUGCAUUGAUGCAGAGUGAAGGAACGGAGGCGGUAGAACAGAAAAGAGCGUUGAAAGACGUGGGGAUGAAUUUAUUCCCCCUGAUCGAAUCCUUCGCAGAAAAAAUUGACAUCGCGAAAGAUAUAAAAAAGGUGUACUCACCAGAAACGAUAAAUGAAAGAGAAAUGAAAAAAAAAAAAGGAAGGUACCUAAACAUGAUUGAUAAUUCGAGUAAAAAUUUUAUUUACAUUGACAAUGAAUCAAAUGACAACAAAUUAAUAUGCCUCUUUUUUUAUGUCUUAUCAAAAUUGUUUUUUCCUGUUUGUUCGAACUUCCUUUUACACAUGGAAAGCGAGCUGGAGGGAAGUCUUCCCACGGAUGCACGGUCCUCUAAGCAACCCUCCCAAGAGGAGACUCUCAUGUGUGAAAAAAAAAACGGGGAUGAUACGAUGGAAACACAUACUUUUUUUUUCACAGAUGAAAAGACAGCCCACAGGAAUGGUGAAAAAUUAAAAUUUACUCUUGUGGACAUGUUUAUGAACCAUUAUAGGCAGGUCGAAAUGCGCAAUCAUGUUUUUUAUCGUAACGUUAAUACAGAGAGGACCGGCGUGGAAAAUUACCAAACGUAUAAGAACAACAUUUUGAGGGCCAUGCGGAAAUAUGUUUUCCUUGAUGACAUUUACAGCUUGGGGUUGUACUACAAGAUGGUGUUUUUCAAGGCCAUUUAUUCGCUGCAUUUUUUUCAGUUCCCUUUUUUGCGCCACUUGUACGAGAUUCACUCUUACGCGAUUAGCAGAGAUGUGGACCAUUUAGACUACAACGAGAGGUUGUAUUUUAACGGCGAGGUGGAAUGGGAGAGGGCCGAGCCGCGUCACUCAGAAAAAACGUGCGAGAAGAAGCACCCCCAAGAAAGAUUCGACGAACGGGAAAAGAACAAAAUCGUGGAGCUUGCAAAAAGAGGGGACGUCUUCAACAAUGCGUACGUAAACCUAUUGAACUAUAUUGAAAGAGAUAUAAAAAAUUGCUCCCCAGAGGAAGCAUUAAACACACUGCUGCAGUUGCACUUGCUAAGAUUUGUAGACAACCACUUUGUGUUACCUCUCAUUUCCAAGCUCUGCAACAGUACUGACAAGCUCCGAAAUGAACAGAAAAAAAAAAUGAACGUAAUUAUCAUAUCUAUGUUAUCUUUCCUUUCUCCCCAUAUUGCUUCCAUCGAGUCAAUACAAAAAGGGCCGCUUCGCGAUGUGAACGUAUUUAAUCACACGUACUGCAACAAUGAUGUUUAUGUGGGACACCUGCAGAGGCUGCGAGAGUUCGUGCAGCUCCUAUAUAAUAAACAGAUUUUUAAGAGGAAGAGGAAGGAGUUGCUCUCUUGGUCAAACUACAAGUGUGUGUAG